CGGGCCCGGAGGAUGCGGCAGCAGCGCAUGCGCAGUGCAGCGCGGCGUGCCUCUCUUCCGGCCGCCAUCUCGUUCCCCGCCGCGUGCUGUGCCCGGCUCCGCACCCCCACCCUCUCCGAUCCCGCCACUCCGGCAGCGCCACACCCGCCCGGGAAGAUGAAAGAAACAAUCAUGAACCAGGAGAAGCUCGCCAAGCUCCAAGCCCAAGUGCGCAUCGGCGGCAAGGGUACUGCUCGCAGAAAGAAGAAGGUUGUCCAUAGAACAGCCACAGCAGAUGAUAAGAAACUUCAGUUUUCUUUAAAGAAACUUGGAGUCAACAAUAUUUCUGGCAUUGAAGAGGUAAAUAUGUUUACCAACCAAGGAACAGUCAUUCACUUCAAUAACCCUAAAGUUCAGGCAUCUCUGGCUGCUAACACUUUCACUAUCACUGGCCAUGCUGAAACAAAGCAGCUGACAGAAAUGCUUCCUAGUAUCUUAAAUCAGCUUGGAGCUGACAGUCUGACCAGCCUGAGGAGAUUGGCGGAAGCCUUACCCAAGCAACCUGUGGAUGGAAAAGCACCACUUGCUACUGGUGAAGAUGACGAUGAUGAAGUUCCAGAUCUUGUUGAAAACUUUGAUGAAGCUUCAAAGAACGAAGCAAACUGAAAUAAAUGUCACUUUCUGAAUAAACUUGAAAAAGCUACGUGGAGCUGCUAUUUUAUAUUGUGACUGCUUUUUUUUUUUUGAUUUUUCUUUUUUUUUCUUUCUGAGAUCUUGGGAUCUGUAACAUUUGGAAAUUCCUUGAACCUGCAGCUCCUUCUAGUUACUGCUUGUACACUAUAUUGUUUUUGUGGCCCGGUUGAACAAACCUCUGCUUUGAAAUAUGAUUGCUAAUAAAUUUCUGCCUAGACACAAUUUUUGAGUAACUUGUAUACAAGCGAAACCCCAUCUUUAAUGAACUUUGACAUACAAUAAAAAAUAUAUAGUAAA